UUGUUACCGAGGGCUUCCUUAAAUGGGUAAAUCAGUCUUAGCCUAAAUACGCUUACCUAUUGAAAAACCAAAAAUAGUAAGUUUAUUAAUUUACAUCGCGUUAGAUGUCCCAUUAGGUUUUUCCUAUCGGUGCUUUUCCGUCCAGCUUUGGACCAAAAGUACGAACUUUGACAUAAAUAAAUGAGUACUUAUGUUCAAUGUUAUAUAAGGAUGACCAAAAUAACUCUAACCCUAUACAUAAGGGACUGUUUGGUAAUUGGGUUUUUUCCUGGAUAUUCAGAGCUCAGUAAAACUCGGCGCCAAUAAAAGAGAAAGAUGAGCGGAACUUCAGGUCUCUUUCAGCUAUGGCAACUUCCUUCUUCAUCACUCUUUUUCCAACGUUCCAAGUUCUCUAAAGUGGAUGCAGGUCUGUACUUGGUUCCUACGCGUGUUAUGUAUCCAAUGCCAUGCCUCUGUAAGCAAAUGCAGAUUACUACUUAUGAAAUUGUUAAAGGAAGCUAUGUAUCAAAUCCAGUGAACCAACAAGAAAAAAAAGAAAAACUGACACCUAAGGUAGAAAAUAUAGGUGCAUUUCAAAAAUUACCCAUGGUAAUGCCAUCUAUAGAUAUUCUACAAUCAGCACUAAGGAAAGCAAAGAGGAUCGCGCCUACAAAGGGCAUAGCUAAUGCUGCAAAACGCGAGAGAAAUAAAGGUGCAAAACAACUUGAUGCAUUAAUGAAGGAGUUGGCUGUGCCCUUGAGGACAUACAAGGAGAACUUCCCAAACAAAAAAUAUUUGCACCCUUAUGAACAAUCUUUGAUUGAGUUAAUGCUUGGAGAUGGAAACUAUGAAGAGGCAUUGGGAAAGCUAGAAGCUUUAAGGAAAAAGGUGAAUUCAGUUGGAAAGGAACAUGCAUCAUUAUGUGCUAAGUCAUUAUCUAAACGAGAAGCAGAGGAGCGACUGAACGAGGGAUUGAAAAGAAUUGAGGAAAUUUUUGAUCGGGAUGGAAAAGCUGUUGAUCAACUAUUGAGCAUUGCCAAGAUCUGCAACUAUCCCUUCACAACCAGAGGAAUCCUGAUGGGUCAUAUUAAUUUGAGCUACCAGAAUUUUCAGGUUACUGAUACCCCUGGAAUCUUAAGGAGAUGUGAUGAGAACAGGAAUAACUGGGAAAAGUUAACGCUUGCUGUUCUCACUCAUUUGCCAACUGCAGUACUUUAUGUUCAUGAUUUAUCUGGAGGAUGUGGGAUGUCACCUUCUGAUCAGUUUGUAAUCUAUAAGGAAAUGAGAGAGAGAUACAGCAGCCAUAUUUGGCUUGAUGUCGUGUCCAAAUGUGACUUACUGCAAGCAUCUCCUGUCAUCUUUGCAACAGAUGAUUGUAACGUUGAUAACUUUGAGCUGGUGAGAUAUAGGAAAAUGGGACCUGACGGAGCCUUAAAUGUGUCCGUAAAGAAUGAGAUUAGUCUUCAUGAGUAGAAGAAAAAAGUUUACGAGGUGCUUGCUUCUCAAUCAGAAAGGAUCAAAAACCAAAAGAACAAGGAGGCAGAGCUGGAAGUUUCAAGCUAGUUGGUUUUGGCCUGCCGGAAUUUUGCUGCAAGUUUUUGGGCUCGGUAAUUAGCUCAAUGUGAUCGGGAUCUAUCAUGUAUGUACAAUUGUACAUUGGUGAUCGAUCUGUGGUGACAGUAACACACAUUUCCAGGUCCAUGAAUACGACAUGUUUCUUGGCAUAUUUAUCAGGCGCAUUUGCUUUGCUUCAAAUCUCAUCUCUAAGAUACCCAAAUCAUUUGUCAAAUGGUGCAGAUGGGGUUGCCAUAUCCGUCAUUCCAUUCUUUGUAGCAAUCUUUGAUAAGUUUUUCUUCAGUGGUUUAUGGAUAUGCUACUGAGAAGCAAUUGGAGGUUUGAAAGCUCGAAAUUUCCGAGGCUCUAAUACUGAACCAUCUUAUAUUUAUUUAUUACCAAGUAGAAAUUGAGCCUGCACUUAGUCAUCAAUGAAUAAGUGUUCUGUAAAGUUGAUGUUCAUUACUCUUGGUCGAAAAGGGAAACCUUAUUCUUGUGAGGAACCUUAUUUAUUUUCCCUCUUGGUUGUAAGUCUUUGAGAUGUGUUGUGUCGGUGAUUUACAUCUCUACUAUUAUAGAAAUGGCAGUAGGGUGGACGAACAAGGUACGAACAAGGGCAAGAAUGUAAUUUUAAUGUUUAUUUUGGACAAAUUGAAAAUUAAACUCAAUCUGUACAUACAUUCUUCUUCCUUAUUCUAGAAAGAAUCUACCCGAUAAAAGAUACUAUCUAUUCUGCAUCCAUGUAGGAACCCUAUUUCUCUCACUUCUACUUUUCCUCACAUUUCUUCUCCUCCUUUCUGUGGUUAUUACUCUUUCAGGGAAGCUUUGAUGGAUCAAGCAAUCAGAAAGUCACAAAGAUUAUUCUUACAGUUCAAACAACUCAUGAACUAGAGCGCAGUAAAAAAUCGUCUACUGUAAUUCAAGAAAAGGAACAGCAAAGAAAAGCCUUCACUACAACACCUCUCAAAGUUAAUAGAUCAAAAACUUUUGCUGGCCCAGUCGACGUUGCGAGUUUCUCAAAUUGACUUCUCACUUAGAGUUGCUCAGCCCAGUUGACGUUGUGAGUUUCUCAAAAAAAUAUAAUACAUAUGUAUGUAACUCUCAUAAAAGGAAGGAUGAUAUUGAAACACUUUGUUGAACAGUAAACAAGCUGUUAUUGUAAUCUGUGAGUAGCUCAUGCUGAGAGGUAAGGGAUCAAAAUUUUCACUUCCAAAGAAAUUAUAUGAAUUUAUUUUAGGUUUCAUAAUUUACGUGUCAAUUUUCAUGAUAUUUCUUUAAUUUUUAUUUUAAUUAUUCUGUUUUUCUCUCUGUUGUCUGCUUUCAAUUACAGCUUCCUUGACCGGAAGGUCUUGGUCCGAUUUGAUAUAUCUGGACAGUUUUCUUUGAUUUCUUCAGGUUAAUCACUUUAGGCAAGGAGACAGCCUUGCAAAUGACAAGAAGCAAAAAAGAGGACUUCGCAACAUAUGCAAAGGCAUGACAUGGUGAAGCAUUGGAUCACACUCAACAAACCUUAUACAUAUUUAUGGUACAAGAUUAUGAUCUCGGCAGCCAGUCAUCACAGGGGCGAUGAUAUAUCCUUCUUCAUGCCUUUUAUUGAGAAGAAAACAAUGGUAGGUUCGAGCCUUACAUUGCUGCACACAAUGGCCUCUUGGUUCAUACAACUGCAGUGAGCAUUUUAGAAAGAAGUAUUAGGCAGUUAAUAGAUAUACUUUCACUAACAUCGCAUAAAUUGGGACAGAGGGAAUAUGAUAUUUUGGAGCACUGAACACAUUUCCUAAAAUUAUUGAAUUCUUUGAGACUUGAAUCGGGAUAAAUAAGUUGUCACUUUUGAGAUUGAAAGUGUCUCACGAUGUAAAUCUAUAUUUACUGUAAGAUUAUUUCAUUUUGAUAUCCAUCAGGUGUAUAUGUGUGUACGACUUUAUGUGCCUCAAACUCAAAUCUAUGCAGGACUAUUGCAGGAUAGUAAUACUCUUUUGAUUUCAUCA